UACUUUCAUUUUCAUUUUAUGGCGUCUAGAUAAACAGGAAAACACAAACUCAGUAACUGUUGUAAAGGUAAAUAUUCACCAUGCCUAUUUACUACAAUUGAUCUAACAGAUGACGAUAAGCAUUUGUAACGUCUGCAAUACAUAACGUUACGCCUGUAAACUAAAAUAAGUAUACUGAAAAGUGCUGUGCUGUGUGUUACGAUGACCACGUCCUUCAACAGGAUUGACCUGCACACAGGAGACUGUGUAUAUCUUCUCGUCCAUUACAAAAAUGUAGAUGCUGACGAAUUUCUGUUGUCUGUAUCGGAUGGGAAAAAAGUGUGGAAAGGAAAAUUUGACGAAGAUGACAUAGAAGACAUGAGAAAAACUCUGAAAAUGGAUUACGACUCCCUUUUGAAGAAAACAAAAGAUGCUUUGACAUGUGAGCAUUCCUCCGAGUGGUCAUUUGAGUACAAACUCAAUUCACAAAGGAGUGAGUUCCAGUGGUAUUAUGCUCCAGACAAAGACUUGACUUACAUGUUGGGAAGUUGUGCUCUCAAACCAGCAAAUGAUGCCUCAAAGUCCAUGUGUGAAAUCCUCAAUCAUUGCAUUGACAGACACAAAGAGCUGAAGGAAAACACAUGUGUGCUCCAGACAGAUUACGACAGGAUAUCACAGGAGAGGGCUAAUGCCCUGAAGAGACUAGAGAAGUGUGUUGUUGCAAAAGAGGAACUAGAAAAAGAGUUGUACGCAAAGUUUGUUGAUGUACUGAACAGCAAGAAAGAUAAAAUCAGGAAACUUAAAGAUAAUUACACAAAUGGUACAGAAUCUGAAGCAGGGCCAUCGGGUGCAAAAGAUGAACCAAUCAAAACAGGACAGAAAAAGGUCACAAAGAGGUCAGCACCAUGCGAUGGACCAAGUGAUGAGGAUAGGAGUGAUGUUGAUACGACAGAUGAAGAAAUGAGUUCAUCAUCAAAAGGCAAGAAGUCAAAGAAAACUGUGAAAAAAAGUCUGCUGAAGGCUGAAUCGGACUCGGUUGUCUUGGAUACUGGUGACAAUAGUCUGGGGAUGUCGAUGGUGUCUAGACCACGUAGGAAUGCAGAAGGAAACAAACGUAAAACACCGUCAAAACCGAUUCUGCCAAAAGUGUCUUCAACUGAGCACAGGCAAGAAAGACCAGUCAGAAUGAAAAAAUCAAUCACAGGAUCCUCAUCCACUUCCAACCGCUCCUCUGACAACAUAGAUGCCGAUGACCUCAUUGACAAUUUAUGAUGAUGUCAUUCACUGUUUGUGAUGAUGUCAUUCACUGUUUGUGAUGAUGUCCAAUAUUUUCUCAUUACAUCAUCGAAAUGUGUGGACACCAAUAUAUAAUAUUUGAACAGAUUAGUACAGUGUAUCUGAUAUUCACUGAAGACAGUUUUGUAGAAUUCAGAAAUCAGAUCAAAUGUAUGUUUAUGCCAGUUUUUACGAUUGUUUAAUGUUUUGACGGAUUACAAUGAUCAGUCAUUGAAUAUGUACAAACGUUAAACUAUGUGGAUAAAUAGUAAAACAUUUUGGAAGGUAUAGUGCCAUAGAGAUGAUGAUGAAGACUAAACAACACUUUUAUGGAUAGUGAUGUAGUGCAAUUAUCAUAGGUAUUCAUUUUGACACAUUAAAUGAUAUUAACCUGAU